CAGAGACUGUUCUCUACCUCAUCUUGUCAUAUAACUCCUCAGGAGAGAACUGCCUUGGGGAAGAGACUUUUCCAAGACAUGGGUUUCUUCCUUUCUUCUAUUUGUUUGAUUUGGAUAGAUAGGCAAAAAGAAAAACAAGAAGAUGAAAUACCUUGGAAUUAAGAGAAUUAUCAAGGUGAAGGGCAUAUGCACCAGCUAGAACUGGAGUGAACGAACAACUCAGGACAUUUCAGUGCACCCAUACCUUUCUUACGAAUUGUGGGAACACUUCCACCAGUACCUUGUCCAUUUGGUUUAUGAUUUCUGGUUUGCUCUAAGAAUCUGGCGAAUGAUCUUUGCUUGAAGAUUCCUCACUCAAACCUGAGUGCAAAUUCCAAACUGCAGAAUUUUCCAGUUCAAGAACAAAGAGAAAGAAACGGAGAUAAAUGAUAUCUACUUAUGCUGAGACAGCUCAAUGUUCUUUACAGUGUCUUGGGUGGACUCAAGGAUGUCAGCACAUCUGCUGGCCGGCCUCCUGUUGCUGAUCUUCUCCUUGCAAAGGCUGGCUAUGUCCCAACACAUGAUGGAUAUGGCUCUGCAUUCCUACGAUGACCAGUAUCUGGGGUGCAGAGAGCAGAUGAUGGAAGAACUGGAGCGAGGAGACUAUUUCCAAAAGGAAAUAGCUGCUAACAAGAACUAUUUGAGCCUCUGGAAGAAGGCUCAGGAGGCUUUGUUAAAGAGCCCAGUAGGUCUUCUGAGGGACAUGCAUGAGAGCCAUGCCAUAGUCCUCAUGGCUUACACCAUGAACUCCUCCCUGCACUCCCAGCUGAACUGGGCCACAUCUAUUGCUGGAAGCUCUCCAGAACACUACAGGUACAACUUCAGUUUCAAAUAUUUUCACUUCUACCUAACGACUGCCAUCCAGAUAAUGAAGCAAUGGCAGAGCAGCAAGGAGAGGAUGGGGAAACAUAAGUGCUACCGGGUACACAGGGGUGUAAAAGACUUAUAUAUCAAGGCCAUGGUAGGCAGCAAAGUGAGAUUUGGCCGUUUCACCUCCACCUCUCGCCUCUGGAAAGAAGCACAGAAGUUUGGGAAUGAAACUUUGUUCACUGUGAUAACUUGCCUGGGAGCACCUGUGCAAGGCUUUUCUCACUACAUGUCUGAGAAGGAAGUCCUCAUUCCCCCUUACGAGAUAUUCCUUGUCAAAAACUUCUCUCAGACACAGCAGGGUAACCGGCUGCAUCUGCAUUCUGUGGGGAACUACAGCAAGUACCACUGCCAGCUCUUGGAAGCUUCAAGAAGCAAGAACAGUGGUUUCACUGCCCCUGCCUCUGCCAUUCUUCCUAGCAUCAUUGGAGUUUUCUUGUGCUUGGCCAGGCAGUGACUGAUGCUCUGGCUACAUCCACAUAUAUACACUUGAAUAGCAAGCAAGAAAAGUUCACAGUGUAUCAGCCACCAGAGUUACUGCUGUUACAGAAGGUUCAAUGCUUCCUUUGCCUUCAGCUGCAACUCUCUAGCUGAGACUGGAACAUUCAGCCCAGUUCAUCAAAAUGGGCAUUCCCUGGAUACAUUCAGGCAGGAGGACAACUGGUGGCCUGCAUGAAGAGUAGGGCAGUGUCUGCCUUCACUGUAGCUUGUCCCUCAGGCAUUCAGGAAAGACACACAUGGACUUUGAACUCUUCACAGAUCUCUUAGUAACUUUGUUUUUAGCACAAGAGAGUGUCUGGCUGCAUGACGGAAAAGGCCUUACAGUGGUAGACUCUAGUUGGUAAAUGUGCAGCGUUGCCUAUCUCCUUUGCAUGCAGGCUCCCAGGAGACAGCUAAGUCUGUGGCUGCAGUACAGUAGCCUUCCCACUAUCAUGACCCCCUGCACCAAAGCCAGCUGAUAUCUCCCAUCUCAAGCUGACUGCCUGCAUCUGGCACAUGGUGGACAGAAGCAUAAAGUUGCCCUGAGACACAGAUCUAGUAGCAGAGACUUGUCAGGCCUGCCUUCAGCUUUCAUGUUUGGCUGUAGCAUUUCUUUUGCAAAACUCAGGCAGAUGCUGUGUUCACGACAGUCCUCUGGUGGCUGAUGAAUACAUGCUGGCCAUUUCACACUGAAAUAAAGGAAAGCCUGUGGAGCC